CCAGCCGCUGACCGGGUCGGACCUGCUGCCGGGACCCAGACACGCUUGUUUCUCCCGAGUGAUGCUCGCCUAAGCGAGGGCCAUGUCUGCGUAUCUGAAGCAUUUCACAGUGGUGGGCGACGAUCCUGCGCAGUGGAACAAUGACUACAAGAAGUGGGAGGAAGAAGAGAUGGAGGAGGAAGGUGAAGGGAAGCCGGCCGAGUUGGCCAUCAAGAUGGAUCCUGCUCCCCGGCCCCCCACGUUUCGGGAGGUGAUGAGAAAGCUGUUCCAGUCACACCGAUUCCAGAUCUUGGUUGUCUGUUUAGUUAUCCUGGAUGCCGUGCUGGUCCUGGGGGAGUUGCUUUUGGACUUGAAAAUCAUCCAUCCAGACAAGCAUGAGAUUGCACCUGAGGUGUUCCACUACCUGAGCCUUUCCAUUCUAACGCUCUUCCUGGUGGAGGUGAGCUUCAAACUUUUCACCUACCGCCUGGAGUUCUUCCAUCAUAAGUUUGAAGUCCUGGACGCCAUCGUGGUCAUCAUUUCGUUUAUUCUUGACAUUGUCGUCCUGUUCCUGAAGCACGAUUUUGAAGCGUUUGGGCUCCUGAUCCUGCUCAGGUUGUGGCGAGUGGCCAGAAUUAUCAAUGGAAUUAUCUUGUCGGUGAAGACGCGCUCUGAGCAGCAAGUGUCCAAGCUGAAGCAAGCAAACCUGCAGCUCACCACAAAGGUCCAACAGCUGGAGGGCAGCUGUGCCGAGAAGGAGCUGGAAAUCGAGAGGUUGACCAAUAUCCUGAAGCAACACGGCCUCCUCGGACAGCCACGAUAG